AUGGAGUUGUUUGAUGCAAUCGAGAAACUCGAGCAGCCGGAGCGGCAGAUACUGUUCGUGCAGCAGAAGCUACGGGAGUUAUGGCAGCGAAAGCGCAGUAUCGGUGCAGAGGCUCCCGGUGUCCCCUAUUACUGGGUCUUCUCAAAACUCUUGCGGCUCAUUGAGGAGUAUCCAGACGGUCUCACCGAGGCAGUGGUGGUCACUGACUUGGCCAAAUUACUCAAAUACAAGGAGAAAGGAACCACAGAGCAAAAGGUGGGAGCUCCGAACAAGAGGAGAAAGAUUCGAGACGACGAGGACAUGGGCGAUCUAUUGGCGGAAGGGGAACAGGAGGCUCUACAGGCCAAAAUCACGGGAUACGGGAACCACCGCCUGACGAUUGAGAUGGCGAACGCAAUGGACGUUACGGCUCACAUGUAUUUGCACCAGAGAUUCCGAUCGUGUGUGGACUUUUUGCAAAGUACUUUGAAGUAUGAACCCAGUAGUGUAGCCAUGUUCCCUUUUCAGACAGCACGGAAAAUUGCGUUCACCAAUGCGAAACUUCUGGAGAGGAAGCAAGUGGGGACGACAAUGGCAGCAGCAAGUGACCGAGUCCAGUUUACACUUUUGCCUACCGCUUUCUUAACUGCACGACUGGAUGGAGCAAGACCGCUGGAUCGGAGGCUAUUGAGUGAGUCAAUUAGCUUGAGUCAAGUGGAUCAGUUGGUCGGUGGGGCUCAAGACCCUACAGCGGUUCAGCAGCUGCUCUUGAAGGCCAAAGUACUUGAUAUUGGAGCCAUUCGACCUUGUCAAACGCCGUUGUACGUACACAGACAAGUGAUUCUACUGGGAGAAGUUGAUCAGAGCAUUACUCGUCCCCCGCCUGGAGCGACACCCAACACGCAGAGAAUGACACAAGGCUUGCACUUGAUGGUUCUGUGGGCCGACCAAGUGGCGCUCAGUCGCUUGUUCCGAGUUGGCGACACGCUCGCAGUUUUCCAUCCGUUUGUGCACGUGUGCGACCAGCACGACACGGAGAUUCUGCACAUUCUGAACGAGUAUUCAUCUCAGCAGCGACUUUUGUAUUUCUUUGAAUACGGCAGUGCUACCGUGUUAUUCUGCAAGCCAUGUCGAAUGGAGCGGCCAUUCUCCCGAUUGGAAGAGAUCAAACCAGGAUGGAACAACUUCUCGCUGUAUGCUCAUGUGAGGUGCAUCAAAGUCUCACACGGUAUUCCGUUACUUGCGACGUUCUUUUACGCGUACUACGACCCCAAGACGAACCAGCCAAGCGACGUGAACACGACAGCGCAGCCUCCUCCAUUGGACCGCUCCAUCGUGUCGAAGUACUACCUGGUCGUGAUGCUACAAGUCUACAUCGCGGCCUCUCAAAGUCUACUGACGAUCGAGGUAACAGGUGCGAAUGCAGUGACAGCACUACCCACGUUUAUCAACCUACGGAUGGACAUGGUACAGCCUGUCGAUACUUUUGCAGCAGCUCACCACCUUCUAGCGUCACUUCAACAGAAACUGUAG